AUGGAUUCAUUAAAUAAACCAAACAAAAAACGUCGUAGGAGGGGGAAUAUUUCGUCGGAGACAGAGGUAUCUCUGUCUCACGAUAGAAAAAGACAAAUCGUUAAUGAGGAAUGCACGUCGUCUUCUGGCGAAGACGACAUUAAAAUGUUUGAUGAGGAGAAAAAAACGGUCGAGGAUGACCUCGCCCGGGAGCUCUUCGAGCAAAAGCUAAUCCAAAAACAUAAAGAAAUGGUUAACAAAUCCUUCGCAUCUGUCAGACAAUCGACCUUGAUGGAGGAGGAAGUUCAAGAGGAGAAGGAGUCAAGCGAUGAGUUUGACUUCAGAAAGACUGACCUAUUCUCGAUCCUACUAGGUAUCGAGAAAAAGGUCACCACACCCUAUUGGUGCCAAAGCACCAAUAAAGAAGAAAAAAAGCUAAAAAAAAUCCUGGAGGGAGGAAAACUCCAGGAACGAAGAAACAGCCCCAGAGGCUAUUAA